AUGCCGAGCCCUUCACAGCACGAUUCGAAAGAAUCUCGUCAAACUCCUCAAGCUCAAUGCGAUCCGAAUCAACCUUCAACUUCUUAUCAUGUUCCUGGACAAAGCUCUUAUCUUAAUGCACCCGUCGAUAAUCCGUCUUUUCUGGUUCCUCCCGUUUAUACUGGAAUAUCUUAUGAAGUCGAUGAUUCAACGCCCAUGCUGGAAUACUCUUACGAUUCUCACGUCUCCAUGUCAAAGUAUCUCGAAGAUGUAGAUAGUAAUAGCGCUGGAAUGCUCGAUGUGCCUAUGGAAACUCUGAAUAUUCACGCUUCGUCUUCAGUGCAACCUGGAUUUUCCUAUCUAACAGAGCCAUUAUCUAACAAAUCUAACACAGUCCCAACAAGCAGCAUUUCUCCAGAUGAAGCGCAAUUUUCGCCUCCCGACUGUGUUUCCAUAAUGCCACUUUCUGCUCCGUUGUCCUCUGAGAGUCAAUACAUCCCUUCCCCUUCUGAUCAUAGUGAGAGUUUGGUGGCUGAAGCGCGAUUGGCUGUUGGACAACCUGCAGCUAAGGCUACUCUCAAGGAUGUCCAAGAAGUUCGCUAUGAGAGUCCAAAAAAUCACGAUGAAAGUUGGAUCAUGAGGGCUUUUUACUCCAGUUCUGAAGAAUUCAACUCACCCGAUGACUGGGAAACACGAAAGUCCGCAGAAGUUGAAGAAGAUGUACAGUUGGAGGCUAAUGAAUCAGAAGGUGGAGACUCUCUCGUUGACAAACUUUUUGAAAUGCUUGAGCGAGCUGAGGAGUCCGGAGACGAACAAGGAGAGGACAAGGAUGAUGAACACGAUGUCACGAUAACAAAAGACCCUCAAUCCACACCUCAACCUUCGCCAUCGCGUUCUCCGAAGCAAUUGCUCAUCCAACACCAACGAAUUUCCCCAAUUACUGCAGUAUCUCGAUAUCCGUCACAUCAACCCAUGGAAUUUGCAUUGGAUUCAUUUGACGCUCGGGCCGGUUAUAGACCGCCCCAGGUUUCUUAUGCAGCUUCUACUGAAUUCGCUCCACCAUAUAAUAACGAACAAGGGCAGAGUGUAGAGCAACCA